AUGUUAGGUUCUGGCCAACUGUUCACUGAAAACUGCAUGAAUGGAAUUGAGGAGGAGGUAAUCAAAUCAAAUAGCCACACGGCUAUGCAAUUUGAUCGUGAGAGGUUCUGCUUCCUGGUCCAGGAAACUGCGCAUCAUAGUGACGGCAGAUCGACUACCCUUUACAACGUCGACCUUCAUAAUCUGACGUGUGAGUGUGGAAGAUUCCAAACGUUUCAUGUCACUUUCUCACAUGUUAUUGUAACGUGUUCAAGCAUAAGACAAGAUUAUUCUGUGCAUAUAGCUGACGUGUUCAAAGUUGUAAACGUAUUUAACGUCUACGAGGAGAGUUUCCUCGGGAUCCCGACCGAAACAAGUUGGCCACAAUAUGAAGGUGACACACUAUGCCACAGCGACCGCAUGCGGAGAAACAAGAAAGGUCGCCCAAAUAGUUGUCGGAUUAGAACUGAAAUGGACAACAUUGAAAAAGAAAAAAGGAGGUGUGGUACUUGUCGAGAAAUAGGAGAUAUGCGUAGAAAAUGUCCAACCAGGCCUGGCCCUUCUACUUAG